AACAGGGACAAAAACCUGUUCGGGGUUGGGAGGAAGUCUAAUAACCCGCAGGAAAGGCGGGGACACCAACAGGUCGCUCACGGGGCACAGCUACUCGAAAAAGUAAUCUCGUUACUGUCACCAAUCAACAGGACCCAAUAGCAAACUGAUGUGCAUCGCUAUUGGACACAGCCAGGGCUGGACUCCAGCACCCCGCCGCCUGUUACUCAAACACAGGGAGCGCGUCUGGUCACUCGAUCCUCGUAGCGCGCUGGAUAUGGAUCAGGACGCAGCGUGCCUCCCUGCUGUCUCCCGCGGACGGGCUGCACUCUGUGGCGCAUAACAAAGGUGCCCAAAUGAAUCACCGCCCUCCUGGCUCCCCCGGCGUGCAAUGGCUUAACAGGAGAGACAUGAGUGUCCGGACGGAGGACAGCAUCACCUUGUGCCAAAGGGCUCUCGAAAUCAUCACGGAACUUUGUCUCACGGGACACGUAGACCGGGAGAAAUGUUCGGAUAUUUUCCCCCUGGAGAGCAACAUACCAGGUAAAGGACACGCAGACAUCUCUAUUAGUCUCCUUGCUGUGGUCGUGGGUUUCUGUGGCCUCGCCCUGUUGGUAGUCUCUCUCUUUGUCUUUUGGAAGCUGUGCUGGCCCUUUUGGAGGAGCAAGGCUCUCUCAGCCCAUGCCGAAAAUGGCCUCAAUGUUCGUUUCCCCGAGGCACCUCCACUCAACUCGCCGCCGGUCACAGAGUGCAAAGUGGCGGAGGUGGAGAAGAAGUAUCCGUUGGAAAUGAAGGUGAAUGGACGGAGCACUGUCAAGCUCCUCGAGGCGGCCAUGAAGAUCAGCCAGACGUCGCCAGACAUCCCCGCAGAGGUGCAAACAGCCCUGAGGGAGAAGCUCAGCCAGCAAGCUAAGAUCCAGAGGCAGACCACCGAGCCCACCUCGUCCUCCAGGCACAAUUCAUUCCGGCGCCACCUGCCGCGCCAGAUGAAUGUCACCAGUUUUGACUUCAGCAUGGACACAGUGCCUCUCCGCCAGUCUUCUACAGCAAGUAUUGGAAGAAUAAAGCCUGAACUCUACAAGCAGAAAUCUGUGGACUCAGAGGAUGAAGCUAAAGAGCCUGUGGAGACUUGCGGAAAGCUCAGCUUCUCACUGCGUUACAACCACGAGGAGCAAGCGUUGGAGGUGAGAAUCCUUAAGGCCUUGGACCUGCCUGCCAAAGACUUCACGGGCACCUCCGACCCUUACGUGAAGAUCUACCUGCUACCAGAGAGGAAGAAGAAGUUCCAGACACGAGUCCACCGCAAGAAUCUGAACCCCGUCUUUGACGAGACCUUCUGUUUCCCCGUGGCGUAUGAUGAGAUUUGCAACCGCAAGCUGCACUUCAGCGUCUACGACUUUGACCGCUUCACCAGCCAUGAUAUGAUUGGCGAGGUGGUGGUGGACAACCUCUUUGAACUCUCUGAUCUUUCCAGGGAGGCUGUAGUGUGGAAGGAUAUUCAUGCGGCAACUACAGAGAGUGUUGACCUGGGAGAGAUCAUGUACUCGCUGUGCUAUCUUCCCACAGCAGGAAGAAUGACCCUAACAGUCAUCAAAUGCAGAAACCUCAAAGCCAUGGACAUCACAGGCUCCUCAGACCCAUAUGUGAAGGUUUACCUGAUUUGUGAUGGACGGAGGUUGAAGAAGCGAAAAACAACCACCAAGAAAAGCACGCUCAAUCCAGUGUACAACGAGGCCAUCAUCUUUGACAUUCCCCCGGAGAACGUGGAACAAGUCUGUCUGUCCAUCAUGGUGAUGGAUUAUGAUCGGGUGGGACACAACGAGGUGAUUGGUGUGUGUCGCACCGGGCCAGAUGCUGAGGGUCUUGGACGAGAUCACUGGAACGAAAUGUUGGCUUAUCCACGAAAGCCCAUCACACACUGGCACGCCCUGGGAGAGGAAAUUACAGUGGCCGGGAAGAGCAGCAAGCUUUGAGAGUCAAGGUUCGUGUCCUUCACCCAAACCUCCACAGACACCCUGAUGGUCGCAGGGAGAGUGAGAACGUCCCCUCUGUAAGGAAGCAAGACAUUCGUUUAGAGUUGCUGGGUUUCCUGAGACUCUUGUGAGCAUGUUGUAUGAAGAUACAUCCCAACACAUUUAUGUUUAUAAACAAGGUUGUAUUGAAAUUGUUCUUAUUCAUUCAUUUGAUAUUG